CUUAGCAGUGGAAUGAAUUUUAUCUUUAGCCAAACAAACUUUUAUUGAUGCUAGCCCCAUCUUAUCAUAUCUGCUUGUAGAAGAUUUACGCCGGACAGUUUAGUUCCGUCUGCUGUUGGGGAUAGUUUAGGAUAAAUUAUGAAUCUGGACGUCGCGCUUACUACAGAGACAGCGUUGAACAGUUUGAGCACAUUGCGCAGCACAUUGAGCGAUGCGGGACACCAUGUUCUACGUUUUACCCUCUUUGAUUAUGGGAUAUUUGUAGCUCUGCUGGCCAUUUCGGUUAUUAUUGGCAUCUAUUUCGGAUUUUGCUCGAAAAUCAAACAGGACAAUGUGGAGGAAUACAUACUUGGUGGGAAAUCUAUGCCCAAAUUCCCGGUGGCAGCAUCGCUAAUUGCGACCUCUGUCUCCGGGAUCAGUCUACUUGGUGUGCCAACCGAUAUUUACGCCUAUGGCACGCAGAUUUGGAUGUUCGUAUUCUCUGCACUAGCUGUCGGUUUCACGAUGCACUACAUUUAUCUUCCGGUUUUCCAGGACAUGCAACUCACGUCGAGCUUUAGCUAUCUCGAGAGACGAUUCGAUCGCGUCGUUCGGCAGACGGCUAGCUUUGUGUACGCGCUGUCCGCCUUGUUCCUAAUUCCGGUGGUGAUUUAUGUUCCUGCUCUGGCCUUUAGUCAGGUUUCGGGCAUCAACCUGCAUCUCGUUACCCCAAUUCUGUGCAUAGUCUGUAUUUUUUACACCACGGUUGGUGGUUUGAGAGCCGUUGUUUGGACCGACACGGUACAAUUCCUGUUAAUGAUAGCCGCCAUAUUGGCGAUUAUCGUACUGGGUGUUGUCGACAUUGGCAGUUUCACGGAAAUUUGGCGACGAGCUGAGCGAGGAGGGCGGCUGGUGUUUUUCAACAUGAACCCGGAUCCCACCCAGCGGUCGUCAUUUUGGUGUGUUGUUUUCGGACUGACUACCAACUGGAUUGCGGUGUUCGGAAUAAACCAAGCAUGUAUCCAGCGCUUUCUCGCUGUACCGACCCGCGAAGCAGCGAAAAAUUCGCUGAAAAUAUACAUUUUCGGAUUAAUCACAAUCAAUUCGUUGGCUUGCUUUAUCGGGCUGCUGAUGUACGCGAAGUACGAGUCCUGUGAUCCGGUAACGACCAAACAGGUUCAAAAACUUGACCAGAUUGUGCCAUUCUAUGUGAUGGAUGCCGGUGGAAAAAUUCCAGGACUUCCUGGGCUGUUUAUAGUUGGUGUCUUCUCGGCGGCCUUAUCUACGAUGUCGUCCAGCCUCAAUACCCUGGCGGGAACCAUCUACGAAGAUUUCAUUCGUCCUUUCCGUCCAAAUGCAUCGGAGCGAUCGUCCAGUACGGCAAUGAAAGCGAUUGUCGUCUUGCUUGGACUCAUUGUAAUAGCAUUAGUUUUUGUGGUGGAAAAAAUGGGAUCAGUCAUUCAAAUUGUAGUUUCCUGCAGUGGGGUAAUAUCCGGCUCAGUAAUGGGUAUGUUUACACUGGGAAUGAUUUCAUCUAGAGCCAACACGAAAGGAGUGGUGUCCGGUGUAGUGGUUUCCAUCAGUUGCAUGAUCACCCUCUGGAUUUCUUCCCUCGGGAAAUUGCAGUAUGAUUUUCUACCAUUCCGGAGAGAUGGAUGCGAUGAAAGUGUUCUUUCGUCUUUAAAUUCAACUUGGAUCCAUCACUCAUCAACAGAACGAGAAAAGCUACCGUACAUUUAUCGAAUCAGCUUCAUGUAUUAUUCACUGAUGGGAUUGCUACUCUUUCUGGUUGUAGCCUACAGCGUAAGUAUAUUGACCGGGGGCGGAACAGUCGCCGAUCAAAGACUGCUGACACCGUUUGCCCGCUGUAAAAAAGACUCAAACUGUCACAUAAAAUUAAAAGCUAAGAUAAGCCAGCAUCCGCUGCUGGAUGACGCGACAAAAGAUAAAGUUUAACAGCGACUGAAAUUUAAAUGAUAAUUUUAAAUGCAAUAAAUUAUACCCGCUACGUUUAUACACUCAAA